AUGCCGGCUAUUACAAGCAAUGACGCUGGCGUUAGCGUGAGGCCAAUCCGCACAGUUUCCUGCAUCCGUCCUACUAAUACAGCACCACUGGCGACGUCGUCUGCCUCGCGCAGUUUGUCUCGCCCGCCCUCCCCCUCCCCCCCCAAUCUCCCGCCCCCAAUCUCUCUCCGCUCCCCCCUCCCCUUUACCCCGGAGCUCUCGACCCGCAAUAGUACCCCGUCCUUCGUCCCUCUCUCGCCACUCGCCUUUCGCCCAGCCGCGGCGCGCUUAGGAGCUCCGCACGCCACGCCGCGGAUCGCAGCCGCACGUGUCGCAGAGCUGGCGGAGAACACCGACGCGGCUAGUGUAGUUCUUGCUUUUCCCAACCAAACACCCCCCUACUCCCCCUCCCUUACCGCUGCACCCCCAACGCCCCGCGCAGGUGGUGCUGACGUGUCAGGCGCGGUGAAGGAGCUGGUGGAGAGCAGUCUCGCACUUCUCACCACCCAACCCUCGCCUCCUUCCCCCCUCCCCCCUCCUUCCUCUCUCCCUUGCAACCCAUCCCCCACGCAGGUGGUGUUGGACGUGGCAGGAGCGGUGAAGGAGCUCGUGGAGAAUAGUUCUCCUUCUGCUUACCCACUAACCCCCCUCCCUCUGCUUUCUCCCCCGCCUUCCCCACCGCAGGUGGUGUUGGACGUGGCAGCGGCGGUGAAGGAGCUGGUGGAGAACAGCCUCGACGCGGGCAGUAGGAUGUCUGCUCCUUGCAUUCCCAAACCCCCACCUCCUCCCCUCUCUCCCCCCCCAGGUGGUGUUGGACGUGGCGGGUGCGGUGAAGGAGCUGCUGGAGAACAGCCUGGACGCGGCCAGUGGGAUACCUACUUCUUCACACCAGCCAAACCCUCUUCUCAACCCCCCUCCCCUGUCCCCCCAAUCCCCGCGCAGGUGGUGUUGGACGUGGCGGGCGCGGUGAAGGAGCGGGUGGUGUUGGACGUGGCGGGUGCGGUGAAGGAGCUGGUGGAGAACAGCCUGGACGCGGGGGCGACGAGCGUGGAGGUGCGGUUGAAAGACUUCGGCGCCGAGCUCAUUGAGGCACUGACCCUCAAGUACCACACGUCCAAGAUCACCCAUUUCGCCGACCUCCAAUCGCUCUCCUCCUUCGGCUUCCGAGGGGAAGCCCUCUCCUCCCUCUGCGCCCUUGCUGACGUCACCAUCACCACCCGCACCGCCAACGAGCCAAUCGCAACGCGCCUUGUGUUCGACCAUGCGGGAAAGCUCCUGGACGCCCCUCGGGAACAGGUCGCCCGGGCAGUCGGAACGACGGUCAGCGUGGCGAAGAUUUUCUCGCCGCUGCCCGUGCGGCGGCGGGAGUUUGAGCGGAACGUGCGGCGCGAGUUUGCGAAGCUGGUGAGUGUGCUGCAGGCGUACUGCGUGGUGUCCACGCACGCGCGCAUCCUCUGCACCAAUCAGAGCGGGCGCAGCAGCGCGCGCACCACUGUGGUGCUGACAGCUGGCACGGGGUCGAUGCGCGAGAACAUCAUCGCUGUGUUUGGCGCCAAGGCUGCUGCAGGCCUGGACCCUGUUGACAUCACCUUCCCUCUCUCCCCUGCUGCCGCUGCCGCCGCCCCUCCUGCUCCUGCUGCUCCUGCUCCUCCUGCUGCUGCUACCGGUGCAGCUGCCACUGCCUCUGCGCCGUUACCAGCUUCCUGCUGCAGAGUAACCGGGUUUCUAUCAAGGCCAGGAGCAGGCAGUGGGAGGUCAUCGGGUGACCGGCAGUUUUUCUUCCUCAACGGGCGUCCAGUGGAUCUGCCGCGCCUCUCCAAGCUGCUCAACGAGCUCUACCGCUCCUUCAACUCCCUGCAGUUCCCCGCCGCUUUCCUAAACGUUUCGCUUAGCGCGGACGCGUACGACGUGAACGUGACCCCGGAUAAGCGCAAGGUGUUUUUGCACUCGGAGGCAGCGCUGCUGUCGGGGCUGAGAGCGGCGUUGUCGGAGUUUUACUCUCCGGAUAGGUAUGUCUACCGAGCCGCGCUGGCUGGUUCGGUAGCGAAGGAGAUUGAGGAACGGGCGAGGAGGGAGGUUGGGGAGAAGGGAAAUGGGAGAAGGGGUGUGGGAGGAGGGGUAGGGGGUGGGGAGAAUGAGGGGGAGGGUGGUGAGGAUGGAGAGGAAGAGGGGGAGGGAAGGAGGAAGCGAGUGAGGGUGAGUAGUGAUAGUGGUGGCGGUGCUGCUGCUGGUGCACAAGGGGGUGGUGAAAUGAGGGGUGGAGAUGAGUUGAAUGGGGAUGAGGAUGCGGAUGGGCAGAUGGAGGAGGCGGUGGAAGGCGGGGAGGAGGAGGAAGGGGAGAGGGACAGAAGGAAGCCUCUACAUCAGUUUGAGCGUGGGGAGGGAGGAGGAAAAGCAGCGUUAGGGGCUGCAGCGCAGGGGGUGGGCAGGCAGAGGGUGGGGAGGGGAAGGGUGGGGGGAGAGAGCAGCGGAGGGGUGGAAAGGGCGCGGGGAGGUGCGGAUGGGAGACAGGCGGGGCUUGAUGCUUGGCUGGGGAAGAGGGGCGGGGGAGGACGAAGGGGAAGGGGAAGCGGGGGAGGCAAGAUGGGCGGAGUGGAUGGGGGGAGACGUGUGAGGGGGAGAGGUGGGGAUGGUUGGGCGGAAGAGGGUGGGAAGGAGUUGGAGGGGAAAGCAGUGGAGAUAGAGGAGGAUGAGAGGGAAGAGAAUGCGAAGGAGAAUGGGAGGGAGGAUGAGAGGGAGGAGGAUGAGGUUAGUGACGAGGUAAGGGAAGUGGAGCAGGAGGAUGGGGAGGCAGGGGAAAUGCAAGUGCAAAGGAGUGCAACGGAGUGGAAAGGAGCAGAAAAGAAUGAUGAAGAAAGGAGUGGUGCUGCCCUAUGUGCGGUUGAUAGUGGGCUGCAGGAGGCAACCCGGGAUGAGUGGGCAGGAAAAAAUGUUUUGGAUCUGCCCUUGAUGACUCAAGAAAUGACUCAGGCCGACCUGCCCGAACUGGUGGGUUCACAGCUGCUGCCCGGCACCCAGUUGGCCGGGCAGCAGGAAAGUUGUGCGGUGGCUGUGGCAGAGGGGGCAGGGAAGGGGAGAUGUUGCGGCGGGCACACAGGGGAGUUGGAAGGGGACGAGGGACAUGAGGGAAUCGAAGGAAGGGCUAGGGUAGAGGAAAUGGAGACAAAAGUGGGGGCUGCAUCGGGUAUGAACGGAGUGGCACGGUCAGGGGAAGGAUGGCAGAGGAGCUUCGCAGCGGCGUCGGUUGCUGAUGGUACGAGCAACAACGGUACCCACAGCAGUGGUGGAAGGACGGUUCAGCAUGGCGAGGGGGAGGGCAAGGAGGCGGCUUUGGAGGCGGCAGCGAGGGAGUUAGAGAGGCGGUUUGACAAGCGCGACUUUGCUAGUAUGACUGUGAUUGGCCAGUUCAACCUUGGGUUCAUCAUUGGACGGCUGGGAUCUGAUCUGUUCAUUGUGGACCAGGUACAGCAUGCAUGUUGGCCUCAACGGCUGGACCUAUCACCAGCUGAAGAAGUGAUUGUAUCGGCACAUAUGCCCACAUUCAGAUCCAACGGCUUUCAUUUCUCCGUGGAUGAGAGUGCUCCAUCCGGCCGUCGGUUCCGCCUCUCUGCCGUCCCAUUCUCGAAGAACAUCGUCUUUGGUGCUUCCGACGUGUGCGAGCUCAUUUCAAUGCUAGCAGACGCGCCCCUCCCCGAGCCAGAAACUGCUGCUGGCUCUGCCUCUGUCCCUGACACUGUCCCAUUUCAUGCCAUGGGGGAUGCAUCUGGUGCCGGAAACCACCAAGAAGCUUCGUUGCGUGCAAGCUCAACAAGCUCUCCGCAACCAAGGCGCAGUGAGGCGAACAGCGAGAGCGGCACGGCAGGGGGUGCUUCUCCACGAGAAGGGAGGUCUGGAGCUGCAGCAGCACCAGCGCCAUCACCGUCAGCAUCGGCGUCAACGGUUGUGGCGGUGCGGCCGUCACGGGUGCGGGCCAUGCUGGCUUCAAGGGCGUGCAGGAGCUCUGUCAUGAUCGGCACGGCGCUCAGCCCGGCGCAGAUGAGCAAGAUCCUGUGCCAGCUGUCAACGUUGCAGUCACCUUGGAAUUGUCCACAUGGUCGACCAACCAUGCGCCACUUGUUUGACUUGAGGCUUUUAGAUAAGAACAUGCAAGACAUGGAUACAUAUUGA